AUGGAUGGCAUGGAAGACCCUCCAGGUUACCGGCUCAAACUGCCGGACGACACCUUGCCACCUGACGUUACAGAGUUCAGGAAAGAUGAGAAGAACGCAGAGAUCUGUCCUUACAUUGGCCAGUUGGAGCUAGAGCGUGUACUUGAAAAGUAUCUCAAGCACAAGGGCAACGAAAGUACUGGAGGCAUGGAGUGGCACGGACUCAGAUUGGACGACCCAUCGAGUUUCAUGCAGGCUGAGAUCUUGUCCGACGUAUUCACCAGCCUGGAGAAAUAUUGUGAUCCAUUCAAUGAAGAACUAACUCCCAUUAUCUGGCACUACGGUGAGGACAGCCAAAUCAAGCCAUGGUAUUUGCAACCUUUGCGUGUGAAGCUCAGGGAGUCGACCAAGUUGAUGGUCUUUCAGCACGUUCUGUUCACGAACCUCGGAGGCCAUUCAUUGAACAAGGAGAUGAUUACUACCAAACCGGACAACGAGAUCCCUGAUACUAGCGCUUCGGUCGAAAAUGAGCUUCUUAGACUAAUCUCCCGAGCGGCAGCUCGGGAGUGGAAGGACUGGCUUUGGGAAUGCGUAUGCAAGCAGGCGGUGAACGAUGCUCCCAACGAUGUUGAGGCUACCGCCCUCACUUAUUUCCAUCGAGACUGGUUGUGA